CUUUUUGGCUUAUCUGCCUACUAUUCCAGGCUUCUGGAAAUGAGAAAGAGGCGGAAGAGAGGCCUGGAGUGCCCACGCGGCCACCACUCUGGGAUCAGACGUCUAGGUGGACUGGAAACUCCAACCAGCAUGCAGCCGUGCAUGCAGAUCCUGGGGCUUCUGCCAAGCUCUGUGGCUUCAGCUAAUCUUCUCCAGGGCUGCGUGGUGCCACUUUAGCUUGUUCUCUCCCCCGCUACACUUGGCUAGGGGUCGCGUACCACCUGCCAGGUGCUAAAGUACCACCAGUGGUAUGAGUACUACCGGUUGAAAAGCCCUGGUCCAUAGGAUACACAUAUUUUUCUCAGUCAUAACAAAUUAAAUGAUUGGGACUGGAAUCAUGGUAACUAUAAUGGAAAAAAAUAACAUAAAUGAUUUUGAAUCUCACUGUAAACUGAUCAAGUCAGUUGAAAGCUGGCUUUGUCUUGAAUUGGAGUAAUAAAAAACUAUCCCAGUUUUCAAAUGACAGUUCAAAAACUGUAGUCACACAAUCCUGGAUCAAAAACUGGUACUAAGCACUUAUAGUUUCAUAAAAAGUCAAGAUUCCAAGAUACACUAGGUAUCAAAGUUUUGAAGUACACGCACCUCAGCCAUUUCAACAAGGACUUAUUCCAUGGCUGUUUUAAUAGUUAAAUGAAUGCAGACUAAAGUUUUUCCUCAACAGUUCUUGGGUUCUGCCAAAGGACACCUGCCACAGUUUGGAUUGAAUUAUAAUCCAUACAUACUUCUACUCCCAAGGUAUUCUUUCACAUAAUAUUUCAUUUCUCUGCCAUUUUGCUCUCUGGUGCUUAAGUUGGAGGCAGUGACCUACUUGAACAUUUAAUUAUUAUAUCCUGGCUUAAAGUCUGGGUUCAGGUUUGCAGGAUUGGGGAAGACAACUGUGCUAGGUCCUGGUUUCUUGGGAUUGAAUUUGCUGAUUGCUGCCCAUAAAUUGUCCAGGCAGGGCUCUCAAUAAUUCCUGUCAACUACAUUUAAUUUUUCAUAUUUUGUAAAACAGUGCUAUUGGUGAAUAGGAUGGGCUUAUAAUACUAAAACUCGGGGGCUGAGUCUCCUUUCCCAGUUCUGGCCCUUUGACCACUGUGUCUAUGCUGUUCCUGCCUCCCAGAACUGAAUAUGGCUAUCAGAGACACAGCAAGCAGCCAGGAAGGUCGGAGUGUGUUCGCUGCUGUGAUCCUCCUGCAGCACAUCCCAUGUAUUACCCCGUGCCUCAGAUCAACAUGACCAUCCUGAAAGGUGAGAAAGGGGACCAUGGUGAUCGUGGCUUCCAAGGAAAGGUGGGAAAAGCCGGUGCAGCAGGCAAGAAGGGCGAGAUGGGCUUCAAGGGUCAAAAGGGCAACAUGGGAUCACCAGGAGAGAGCUGCAAGACCAACUAUGCUGCCUUUUCGGUGGGUCGGCGGAAACCCUUGCAUAGCAACGACUAUUACCAGAUACUCAUCUUUGACACUGAAUUUGUGAACCUCUAUGGCCAUUUCAAUAUGUUUAUGGGCAAGUUCUACUGCUACGUCCCAGGCGUAUAUUUCUUCAAUCUCAACGUGCAUACUUGGAACCAGAAGGAGACUUACCUUCACAUCAUGCACAACACAAAGGAAGCAGCCAUCUUAUAUGCACAGGCUAGUGACCGAAGCAUCAUGCAGAGCCAGAGCCUCAUGAUAGAGCUGCAGGACCAGGAUGAAAUCUGGAUACGGCUCUUCAAGGGCGAACGUGACAAUGCUGUGUUCAGUGAUGAAUAUGACACCUACGUCACCUUCAGUGGGUAUCUAGUUAAGCCCAGCUCAGAGCCUUGAAUCAACUAGCAGGGGGACAGCUUGUUCCUAUCAGCUUUGGCUUGUCCCGUUUUCUGCUGAUCUCUAGCACUACUCGAUGCGGGGGAGGCACUCACUUGCUCUGAAAGCACCCACAGAACUCGGACCUCGAGAUAUUCCAAACUAGGAUAUCUCUUUUUGAUAAACAUGGCUUUUCUUCUACAUCAGCCUUACCUGGUGCUCUCCUAAUGCGAAGGACUAGAUCUUCCAAGAUGCUAGAAUUAUCCAGUUCCAGUUUUCAGUCUAGUUAUGACUGAGACUUUGGAAAGGUGUAAUCCAACGUAUGUUGAGGAUCCCAAAUUGGAGAUUGACUCUUAUUAUUUUACCUUGAAUCUCAUUGAUCAAACAUCAUAUCUUCCCAGAUUAUAACUUAAUGUUUGUCCUGAUAGGCCUGCCAUAAGCUAGGAGUUGUUCUGUUGUAUCAAUUAUCUGAUUUCUGGUCUUUCCCUUGCCCAGCAUUGAACUUCAUCUGUCCUGAUGGAAUCUCCUCCCUCACAGCUAUGAAAUUGCACUACCUCUAAUUCAUGUCCAUAUUGACUUUAACCUUCACCAUUCAUUUGUAUUCGUUUCCAAACCUUCUCCAGCUGGCUCAGCUGUGCUCCCUGAGAGAGAGUGCUAGAUACCACUACUGCUUGUGUUUCUUUGCCCCCAUUUGAACCUCUGUGUAUAUGAUUUAAAUGCCUUUUUUCUCAUUGACGUCUGUCCUUCAGGCUCCCUUUUUCAUUUAACCUUUUAGAUAUUUGAGUUCUCUGCAGUGCGCCUAUGCCUUCUUCUGUCUCCUAGCUGGAUGUUCUGUUAACCCUACCUAAUAAUAAAACUCUUGUUAUUAUUCAUUUUAACAUUAGUUGAAAAAGCUACAUCUUUUCUUUCUUUUGGAAGGCCUUGUUAACUGACCUCUUUAUUCAGAAACUGCUGUUUAUCUGCAUUUGAUGGGGAUGCAUUAAAAAGCAUAAUGCUAAAGCACUGGUUCCACAACACUACCUCUCUCCUAUUGCAAGCAUGCUCCCUCUCCUACAGUUCUUGGGCACUGCCCACCGUGGUAAUUUUGACUUGGGUUGCGGGGAAGAACUAAGAUUGAAUUCCUGGCUUCAAUCAGAGGUAUCUAACUGUGUAACAUGUUUUUAAAGUGCUUGUUGGGUGUUAACAGUAGCUUUUGCUAUAAAUGGGUUUAGCACUCUUAAGAGAGUAGGUUAGUCCCCUGCUGCACAGAAGGUCAAUUUAAUUAUAAGUUUCCUGCUGUGCUGGGUCAAUGCAGACCCCGUGUAUAUUAUGAAGAGGCAGAAAUCUUCAGCAGUUUCCCACUUUCCAUGUAAUGAUCAUGACAACAGUGAUGACAAUAAUGAUGGUGGCAUUGAAUCUUUCCCCACUUUUGGCGCUGAAGAGGGCUGGGGAGUGGAAGCAAAUUCCCGUUUUUCCUUUUAUUUGGGAGUCCUGGCAUAGAGCUUCAAGGUGGUCACGAAUGGAUCCACUUUCAAGCCGCAGGCAGAGAAAUAUGAUUGGCUGCUCACGUGUCUGGGAGAACUCCACCUUCUUAAGACUAUAUGCCAAGGACUGUGGCAGGUGAGACAGGACCACAAUGAGUGUGAAUGAUUCAGCGUUGUUGAGAAGAGGGAGGUGUUGCUAGGAUAUUUCCACUUUUAAAGACCUCUCUUUUGCCUCCUCCUUUCCCCACUCUGAUUUGCAGAGAGCAUGCGUGAUGGCAUAGAAGCACUACAGCCCCCUUUCCAUGUGGAAAUGCCUUUAUACCAGUGGUUCUCAACCUUUUUAAUGCCACGACCCCAACCGGUCGUAAGUCGAGGACUAUCCAACCGGUCGUAAGUCGAAGACUU